AUGAGUAACGAAAAGUCUCAAACAGUAACACCUUCAUCAUCCUCACCUACAUUAUCAAAUACAAACGAUCAACAGCAAAUUCAAUCUUUAUCGGCCGUAAAUGGAACAGGCGGUGGAGGAUCAAGUAGUGGUGGAAGAGGAGAUCAUGAUUUUAUGAUACAAACAACAACAAAUAAUAAUCAUAAUAAUUUCUCACACUCGACAUCGUCAUUAUUACAUCACAACGGUAUGUCUGAAUUUUCGUCAUCAACAUGGAACAACGAAGCAUUAAAUAACAGAAGCAAUAAUAGUUUAUUAUCAGUAAAUUUAAAUGAAGGAAACAAUAUUGGUCAUACAUUAGAUGCACUUGUACCAUUGGCACAUACACUAAAUAACAAUAAUACUAACGGACGUAUAUUUUCACCAUCGUCUGCAUUACAACAAAUACCACCAACUCAAACGUCACCUCCACCAUCAUUAAUGAAUAUUCAUAAUGGAACAAAUGGGCAAAUGACAUUCCAACAGCAACAACAAGCAGCACAAGCUGCUUUACAAAGACGUGCUAUUACAGCCAGUCACAAUUUUCCAGCUGCUACAGUCAAUCCUAGGCCCAUGACCAAAAAUCAACAACAAUCUCAAAUGUGGAAUAAUCAACCAGUUACUUCUAUCAUGAAUAAUAAUAUCCAGCAACAUUGGCAAGGUGCACAACCAACAUCAAUGCCUCUUCCACCGCAUAUGCAGCAGACAAUGACAAAUGGAGCUAACAAUACCUGGGGUAGUGCGAAUAAUGGAACAAAUACAAUGCAUGGAUUUCCAGCUACGUCUUCUCGGCGUCCUGUACCAUCUUUAACGAACCCCAUUAAUUCGUCAGCAAUGAUGAGUGGUAAUGUUAAUAAUAUUAACGGAGGAAUGCCAAAUGCACAAAAUAUUAAUAAUUUACAACAAAAAAAAUCCACUCAACCUUCACAAAAUAAUUUUUUACCAUUUUUACCAUCCAUGCAAAACAAAUAUAAUUCGCAACAACAGCCACAGCAGCAGUCAUCAAUUCGAAGGCCAAUGAUUCCACAUAAUUAUAAUUCACAAACGAAUAGCAAUUUACGUUAUCAAUCAAAUAAUACAAAUAACAAUAAUUUACUUGAUUUAAAUGAGCAACAUCUCAUGAAUGGUGGCAGUACGAUGAAUUCUGAGGAUAAUAAUUCAGCAUUCCCUUCAAUGAAUUCUGGUGGUGCAUAUGACAUGAGCUCCUUUCAUCAAUUAAUGGACAUGAUGCGUAAUGUUAAUACUGAUGGUAACAAUGAAUUUAAAUGUAAAUCAUACGUAAAACGUGUGUACAGUGAUGACAGCGGCAUGGGAAGCAUACUGGAUACCGAAAGCUUAAUCUCAGUUGGAGGUGGUGGUGGAGCUCCUGCAUCCGGUUUGUUUGGUUCACCAAGAAAUAUUGUCGACAUGAAUAAAGAAGAACGAUUUUCUCGAAAAGUAUUUGUUGGCGGUUUGCCUCCCGAUAUUGAUGAAGAAGAAAUCAUUGCUCAUUUUCAACGUUUUGGACCGUUGAUGGUUGAUUGGCCACAUAAACAAGAAAGCAAAUCGUAUUUUCCACCAAAAGGUUAUGCCUUUUUGAUAUUUACCUGUGAGCGUUCUGUUCAAGAACUAAUUGAUGAAUGUGUUAUGGACGACGGUAAACUUUAUAUGUGCGUAUCGAGUCCAAGUAUGAAAGAUAAAGCUGUACAGAUUCGUCCAUGGUUAUUGGCCGAUUCAGAUUUUGUUAUGGAUGGCUCACAACCACUUGAUCCAAGAAAAACAAUAUUUGUUGGUGGUGUACCGAGACCAUUAAGAGCAGUUGAACUUGCAAUGAUUAUGGACAGAUUGUAUGGUGGUGUAUGUUAUGCUGGCAUUGAUACUGAUCCAGAAUUAAAAUAUCCAAAAGGAGCAGGGCGCGUGGCAUUUUCAAAUCAACAAAGUUAUAUAGCAGCUAUCUCAGCAAGAUUUGUUCAAUUACAACAUGGAGAUAUUGAUAAACGAGUAAAUAACGUUGAAGUCAAACCUUAUGUGUUAGAUGAUCAAAUGUGUGAUGAAUGUCAAGGAGCAAGAUGUGGCGGAAAAUUUGCGCCAUUUUUUUGUGCUAAUGUAACGUGCUUACAAUAUUAUUGUGAAACAUGUUGGGCUUCAAUACAUGCGCGAUCUGGUCGAGAAUAUCAUAAACCAUUAGUCAAAGAAGGAGCAGAUCGACCCCGUACAUUACCGUUUCGAUGGUAA